AUGGCUUGGCGACGUCCGUUUGGCGAUCGCGCUAGCGCGCAAGGGACAGUUGUUGAAGGCCAGCGAGAGCAGAUCGCAAAUGGCAGCACACAGUACAUCGGCGAGAAAGGAGGAAACGAUGCGCCUCCUACCUAUCAGGAUGCUUCCGGAGCGCCUGUCGAGAACAACUCGCCUCUAGGAUACGAUGUCGGCCCUGUCACAAUCACGCUUCUAAACAUCACGAUGAUGAUUGGCGCGGGUAUCUAUUCUACUCCGGCUUCUAUCUUGAAUGGCACCGGAUCAGUCGGUGUCAGCUUCAUCUAUUGGACUCUUGGCUAUUUGUUGUGCCUUGCUUCCGGAGCGGUCUAUCUCGAAUUCACAGCGUACUUCCCCAGUCGAUCAGGAUCUGAGGUCGUGUUCCUUGAGCAAGCAUAUCCCCGCCCAAUGUGGUUGUUUCCAACUACCUUUGCGGUUCAGAGCGUCAUUCUCUCUUUCGGAAGACACGAGGGAACCAAUUGGCAAAUCAAGGGCACCGCCUUGGCCUGCUACAGUCUGGCCACACUGACGCUGGUUUUCAACACAAAGUAUGCAUACUGGUUCUCCAAUGGCGUCGGAAUCGUGAAGAUAUGUACCUUGCUCUUUGUGAUCAUUACUGGAUUUGUCGUACUCGGUGGUGGCACCAGGGUUGAGAACCCAACGGCCAAUUUCCAGGAUGCCUGGUCAGGUAGCAAGACAGCCAGUGCCUAUGGUAUGACCACGGCUCUCUACCGCAUCAUCUUCUCCUACGGUGGCUACAAUAACGCCUUCAACGUUGCCAAUGAGGUCAAGAAUCCUGUGCGAUCCCUCAAGAUCUAUGCGACAGCUGCACUGACGACUGUGUACAUUUUGUACAUGUUCGCCAAUGUCGCGUUCUUUGCCGCCGUCCCAAGAGAACUCUUGGAGAAGUCCGGCCUCACUGUGGCGAGCUUGUUCUUCACCCAAGUCUUCGGCAACAGUGGCAAUGUUCGGGGACUCAACUUUCUUAUCGCACUAGCUUCAUUUGGAAACAUGAUUGCAGUCAUCAUCGGACUGUCUCGACGCAUCAGAGAGUGUGGCCGACAAGGCGUCUUGCCAUACACGAGAUUCUGGGUUUCCACCAAGCCCUUCGGUACUCCCCUUGGGCCUUAUCUCGUCAUCUGGUCUCUGACGGCUCUGAUGAUUCUGGCGGUUCCUGCCGGAGAUGCCUUUACCUUUGUGAAUGACCUCGGAGUGUUCCCAACGGCUGCCUUCAACCUGGCCAUGGCCGUGGGAAUCUACGUCGUUCGCUGGCGCCGCAGAAAGGCUAAUCUUCCGGAGCCUGAGUUCAAAGCUUGGCAUGUGGUUAUCAUCUUCAACAUCUGCAUUCAGCUCUACCUUCUCAUCAUGCCGUGGUACCCUCCGGCAGGUGGACAGUAUGCCGGCGAUGUCAGCUUCUGGUACGCGACGUACGCCGUUACUGGUAUCGGCAUUCUCCUCAUUUGCGCUGCCUACUACUGGCUCUGGGCUUCCCUUCUUCCCAAGUGGAGAGGCUACAAGCUGAGGCAAGAGCUCGUUAGCUUCGAUGACGGGGCUCAAAGCAAUCAACUCCGGAAGAUACCCAACGCCGACGUUCCCGAAUGGGACAGCACUCACGAUGCGAGUGGUCGUCUAGUUGGGCCAUCUGCCGACGAGGUUCUCGUGCAGGAAAAGGGGGUGCGCAUCUCCUCCGAGGCAAGCAACUCCGAUACUGGGAAACACGUUCCAAAUGCAGUGCGAGAAACUUACAAUGUCUGA